GUGCUCUGUGUGAGGAGAUUGAAGUCUUCUGUCAAUGGUGUGGAUGAUGGCGACCCAAGCGCCCCGCGAACUGAGAAAACCACAGCCCAGGACUGCAUCCUGCUCUCCCCUCGUGACGAGCUCUACCACGACCCUCAGAGCAGCCAGGUCUCCCCCCACCCCACCAGUUCUCCCAGCCCCCACACACCUGCAGACUUGACCUGCUCCACACCCACGUACCAACGUCCCUCCACUGUCCCAGAAACCACAGCGGCCAUGUUUAAUUCUGGGGUAACUUCUAAGAUGACUGCACCUGAACCCCCCACCAUCACGGCUUUGACCACUCUCUCCUCCUCAGCCUCUGUAGUUCCACAGGAUCUGCAGUAAAAUGGACUCUGGAUCUUAUGUGUUUGAAGAAAUGAGAAGAAGAAUCCUGGGCAACAGAAGAAGCAGAAAAAUCAAAUUGACUGACAACAAAAGCUAAAACUGAGGUGAAAAAAAGAGUAACAGUGACCCCUAAUUUGCAUUACUUACAUUCUGUCUCCGCUCCGCUCCACUGCGCAGGUCGCAGCUGUGCAUUUCAAGUCCAGUUUACACUACCUCUGCUCCGCUCC